AUGCGUUUCGUUUCGGGGGUUUUAGCCGCACUUGUGGUGACGGCGAAUUCAUUCGUACUCCCAAAGCGCGAAGAGUCCAUGGAGUGGAACGAGACGUGCAUAGGCAUCGAAACCAAAACUAGGGACACCUGGAAGAAAACCGAGAUUGGUGAAUGGUUCAUCUCUAUGGCAAAUGCGGAAGACAUCUACACCAAGGAUAUUCAAAAGACAAUCCAGUCUUGGGAUCAUCCUAGCAGUCUUUACGGAUUUUAUUGUUCCCCAAUGAGCUACUGUGAGGCAAACCUUGACAAGGAUCAAUGCCUCGAUCCACGUUCUGGAGCCCGACCUGGGCUGUAUUUCUUGAUGUGGUCCAUCGCCAACUUGAACAAUUACAUGCUGUCUGUGUUGAAUGCAGUUGAACACACAUCUAGUGUGGCUAUUGGGCUCUCUGCUAAUCUGGUCGAAACCUUCGCCACAAAUAUGGAUAACAUUCCUCUCGUCAAUGCCGGCCCAUCUAUGGCUGCAGGUUUCUUGGGAGGUCUUGCUGCGAUUUUCCCGCCUUCUGCUGCACUCGGAGGUCUUGGUUCGGCCGCUGCGACCAUCGGAGGUGGCAUCAUCUCCCUUCUCGAUAAUGAGAAGCCCGUUGAACUGGAGCCCAAGUUCAACGAUUUCAAGAAUAUCACCAAUUAUAUCGCCAGGGCCUCGGAGGGAAUGCAAAUGGGCAUCGAAAAAUAUACCCGCUGGCUUCUAACUUCGAUCCCGUCAAACGACCGUUCCCAUGGCGUUUGGUACAUCGAUGAUCCCAACUCUCUUCCAAACGUCCUUAGGGAUGGUGCCUUCGCUGAGCCCAUCACCUCGGAUGUCCUCCCAGACAGCAUCUAUGUCUCUCUAUUCAGCGCCGCAAUUGCCCUUCUCUGGAGAGGAGAACCUGCUGGCGUCGUCAAAAUUACCCACGAAUAUUCAAAAUUGUCUAAGCCUAUCUGUGAAAAUAAGGAUGCCUGGAAAGGCAACAAGUACUGUGAUGAUCAAGGAAACGCCUACCUUCUGAUACGCUUGGAUAGCAGCUGGAAUACAACACCCUGGGAUGACGGUAUCGAGGACAAGUUUAAGAAACUUAAGGGCGUUGAGAAGCUUGGGGACUACAGAAUUUCCAUCAAGACCGUCGUGAAAGCAUCCGAGCAUGCGGCCUCGAAGAACGGUGGUCGCCCAUACUAUGAAUGGAACCCUUCCAACUUCAUCGACCACAUCAACGAAGAUCCACGGAAUAGGGUGGAGUUCUCUGGUUUCAAUCUGCCCUUCUGCGAACUUGGACUCUUCAGGGGUGGUGGAGACCCCGGCCUUCUUGACAGGGAUGAGUGCGAUACCGAGUGUCAAACUAUUUGGGCGAUGCGGAAUUGCUUCGUGGGUCUUGAUCGGGAACAUCCUAACCGCGGCGGAAUUCCUUUCGAAAGGGAGUGUGACUACAGAGAAUGUAAAUUCUGUAUGGGUGGUUUUGCGGGCUGUUAA